AUGCCGUCUGCCAAAGAGGUCAACCGGGCUCUGGCUCGCAUCAGAGCCGUCAUGCCGGCCGAGAAAAAGGUGGCAUCAACAAGCCGCAACAUCCGCCUGGGCCUGGAGCGCAUCAGCCACGUCGUGCCGCAGCAUCAGAGCUGGCUGGGCGUCCAUGUGGGCGGCACCAACGGCAAGGGAUCCGUCUGCAACCUGCUCUCGGGGCUGUUCAGGCUGUCCGGCAUCAGCCAUGGCAUGUACACGUCGCCAGCCAUGCCCGAGAGGCACAACGGGGUGACCAUCAACGGCCUGUACGUCAACAAGCGCAUGUACGAGAUGGAGGUGAAGCACAUCGAGGACAAGUUCAACCGGGUUGCGUCUGGCUGGCGGUUUGCCGCCGGCGAGGAUCCGGGCAGCCUGACGCCCUUUGAGCUCGAGACGGCGGCCGCCUUCCGCAUCUUUGAGAAGAUGCAUGUCAACUACGGCAUUGUCGAGGUGGGCAUGGGCGGCGCUACUGACGCGACCAACAUCAUGAGACAAAAGUCCGUCACCGUCAUCACCAAGAUCGACCUCGACCACCAGGAGUACCUCGGCAACACCAUCGAGGAGAUUGCAAAGGUCAAGGCCGGCAUCAUGCGGCCUGGCGUGCCCUGCAUUGUCGACCACUCCAAUUCCAGCUCAGUGCUCAAGGUUCUCCGGCGGCAUGCCAACAGCAUCGGCACCCAGAUCAGCCCGUCGUGGAAGGGAGAGUCUCUGUUGGCAGGGCUUGAUACUGAGCGCUUCAAGCUGGAGGACUAUGAGAGGCAGAAUCUCCUCUGUGCGACACUCGCCUUCCGACACCUGUUCCCGAAUCUCGAGAUUGACGUCAACAAGCUGUUGGCAAUGGAGCCUUUCCCGUCUGGGCGAAAAGAGCAAGUCAAGGUUCUUGGUCUCACCGGUGGCACUCGUGAAAAGCCGAUUCUCGUGGAUGGCGCUCACAAUCUGCUUGGAGCCGAAGCGCUGGCUACGUAUGUGCAGCACCAGGUCCGCCGGGGAGACGAGCCAGUUUCGUGGGUCAUGGGACUGUCAGCCAGCAAGAACAAACCGUUUGCUAAAGUCAUCUCGACCCUGGUACAGCCCCAAGACAACUUUGCCUUUGUCGAAUAUGCUCCCGCUCCCAACGAACCACCCCCUGCGCCUGCUGAGCUCGGCCGCGAGAUUGGAAGGUCCAUUGUUCGCCAUGAAUCUCAGCUGUACGACGGGGAUCCUCGGGUCGGCGCAGGCGUCCAAUGGGCUUGCGAAAAGGCCGGCGACGGUCCAGUCAUACUGACGGGUAGCCUUUAUCUGAUUAGGAACUUUUACAAACUGGACGGCGUUGAGCCAAAGAGGAAGACCAAAACACGGAGGCCAGGUGCCGCGCAGCUGUGGUACUACAUACAGCUAUCGCAGCAGCGAACGCUGACUCCUGAAGAAGCCAGGGAGUUCAAGCGAGCGCGGAGACAUUGGUAUCUGUCGCCUGCGCGUAACUCUACUUUCAGAGGGGUGAGGUACGGCGGCCAACCCAGGUCCGCCCGCGUUCCUGAGCGGAUCCGUGCCUUGCAGCGACAGGUCGAGUUUCACAAGAAGCAGGCAGACGGUUACCGUAGCGCCAUAGAGAGUAUGGAGAAGGACCUGGCAGCUGGACCGCCCGAUGCGGCCGCUGCCACCGACUCGUCCGACCUGCAAGUCAGCAUGGAAACGCUCAAGCGGCACCGCGAGGAGCAUCUCAGCGCGUACAACAGCGCCAUGUUCAAGCUUCGGGGAUAUGUGCCUCUGCCCGAGAAGAAGUACAUGAGCUACGAGCAGGUGUUUGGACGGCCGCCGAAGCCCAAGGUGCCUCAAUUUCCCUUUCCCGAGGAUGACGGCACGGCUUUUGCAACAGCAGAUGAAGACGUCGCUGCGUCCCGAGAUGUCGGGACUGCUUCUCAGCCUGGUCAAGCUGCCCCCGGGGAAGAGAACAGGGCAGAAUCAUCACGGAGUUCGCGCUUUGGGAAAAGGGCCGGUCGUCGGGACGGCACCAGCAAGGAGACGGCUGCGGCCGAGGCGCGCGACCUUGUCGACAAAUUGACGAGGGGGCGUGUCGUUUCUGAGGCCGAGUCGAGCAAGCCGUGA